AAAUGUAGUGCUAUUUUCAACGUGAAAGAGUCGAGACGUAUGUAUUUUAAAGCGGAGCGCAGUCACAUUAACUACAAGUUAAAAGCGAAACGCGAAUAAAUGUGGAACAGCAUGCGAAACAAAUUACAACAAUAGACAAAUUAAAGAGAAACAACGACAAAUUACAGUUUAAAAAAGAAUACGAGACGUUGGCAAAUAAAUUGCAAAAGAACCAAAAUCAGCAAAGUAACUUUAUUCAAAUCAAUAAUAAAAGCAAAGGCCAACAGGCAGGCAACAUAGUUCAAAAUGUGGAACCAAACGACAACAGCAGCAACAAGUGAGAAUAACAAGGCUAAGGAAACGGUGGAGGAUUGUAGCUGUGCUGUUGGUGGCGUUGCCAGCGCUGCCACAGCUGUCAGUGUUGAGCAACAGCAGCAAAGAGCUGCAUUUGAAGCUAACAGUAAACAAGCAGCAGCAACAACAACAACAACAUCAUCAUCAUUUGGCGGCAAAAGCAGCGAGCAACAACAAAGCAGCGAAGCCGCCAUUAACAAGAACAAAGAAUUUGCAGCACAAAGCGAAACAAGCGAUUCUGGUUUCAUCUCCGGUCCCCAAUCAUCGCAAAUAUUUAGCGGUGAAAUAAGUGACGACGAAACAGGACAUCAACAGGAGAAGGAGAAAAAGAAGGAGUCGGAGCAGGACAAGCGACAGGAUCAAAGCCAAGAUCAGAAGUCAGACAAAUUGAAAACGGUGCUCGAUUCGGGCAUCAUCGACGAGCUCGAGGAGGAGGAGCACGAGGAAGAGAAGGAAAAGACAACAGCAGGAACAACAACAGCAACAAAUCAAACGGAAGCUGGCGUCGAGCAGCCGGCCAGCGAGCAAAUGCGCUUCAAACAUAAUGUCGAUUCGGGAAUACCCCAAUGGACUGUACAGUCAAGCCUCGGUAUGAACAAUCUCAAUAUAUCAGCAGCAACAAAUGCCAACAGCUCCGCUGGACGAAGAAGCGCACCUCAGACCACAACAACAACAGUAACAAAUGCAGCUGGGAAUACUGCAAAUGCAACGGCACCACUAAGCAACACCAGCAACAUUAACAUCAUGAACGCCUGGGAGCAAUUCUAUCAACAGAACGACGAUGGCGACACACCACUGCAUUUGGCCUGCAUAUCGGGCUAUGUGGAUGUGGUUGCCGCUCUGAUACGCAUGGCUCCACAUCCAUGCCUCCUAAACAUCCAGAACGAUGUGGCACAGACGCCACUGCAUCUGGCCGCACUUACAGCGCAGCCAGCAAUUCUGCGCAUGCUUCUGUUAGCCGGUGCCGAGCCCACAGUACGUGAUCGUCAUGGCAAUACGGCGUUGCACCUGUCCUGUAUUGCAGGUGAGAAACAAUGCGUGCGCGCUCUGACAGAGAAAUUUGGCGCCUCCGAGAUACACGAGGCACAUCGCCAAUACGGACAUCGAUCCAAUGACAAGGCUGUCAGCUCUUUGAGCUAUGCCCAUCUACCUGCCGAUCUGGAGAUACGCAACUAUGAUGGUGAACGCUGCGUACAUUUGGCUGCUGGCGCUGGACACAUUGAUAUCUUACGCAUUUUGGUAGCUCACGGCGCGGACAUUAAUGCUAGGGAGGGCAAGGGCGGACGCACACCUCUGCACAUUGCCAUCGAGUGCUGCAACGAGGAUUUGGCCAACUUUCUGCUAGAUGAAUGCGAGAAACUUAACCUGGAGACAGCAACAUAUGCUGGACUAACGGCAUAUCAGGUGGCCAGCAUAUUGAAUAAAUCGCGCAUGCAGAACAUAUUGGAGAAACGGGGAGCAGAGACGUUAACGCCGCCCGAUAGCGAUUAUGAUAGCAGUGAUAUCGAAGAUCUAGACGAUACGAAGAUCUUUGGUGAUCCGCGUUACUUUGUCAGCUACAGUGGCGGCAAUCCCAUGACAGUUGCCUGAGCAUCACUUUAAUUGUACAUAUAUAUAAAACAUAUCCAUUAUACAUAUAUAUAUAUA